UCCAUCACCAGCACUCUCCAACCUGCUUUCACGAGGAUAUCUAAUCUAAACUAAUAUUACUUUUAUGUUUUUUAUUUUAUUCCCUCCAUUACCCUUCCUUCCCAUCCAACGCUUCCUAUUUCUCCAUUUUCUCAAAUCUAAUUAUUCACCGUCCGAUCAGAUCACCUCAACGAACAUAUCUUCCUCAACAUUCCCUUCCCUCCUUCAGAUCUAACCAGCUAAGUAACACAGAGGGAAAGAAAAAAUCAUUCUUUCUCAUUUUUGAGACUUCGGCUCAAAGCUACCAUCUUUACUGUCACUCCCGAAGGACUCAAAUGGUAGAGGCGCAAACAUGGACUACAAGGAGGAUGAGCAACCCAAGAUUGGAAUCAACCGCCACUGCCGACCACCAACUUUUGGACAUCCCGGCAACACCAACAGCUGAGGUGAGAAACGGCAUCUACAGCGUUGGAUCACAUCUCUCUCCUAAUCUCUUAACGGCACUGAUCAUUGCUUCAUGGUUCAUGUCCAACAUUGGGGUCCUUUUACUCAACAAGUAUCUCCUCAGCUUUUAUGGCUACCGUUAUCCAAUCUUUCUCACCAUGCUCCACAUGAUCUCAUGUGCUUGUUACAGUUACGUAGCCAUAAACUUUCUUGAAAUAGUUCCAAGGCAACAUAUUUUGUCGAGGAAGCAGUUUUUCAAAAUAUUUGCUUUGAGUGCCAUUUUUUGUUUCUCCGUCGUGUGUGGGAACACUUCUUUAAGGUACAUUCCAGUGUCGUUUAACCAAGCUAUUGGCGCCACGACCCCUUUUUUCACUGCAAUUUUCGCUUUCUUAAUCACUUGCAAGAAGGAAUCUGCUGAGGUUUAUUGUGCACUUUUGCCUGUGGUUUUUGGGAUUGUGUUGGCUAGUAACAGUGAGCCUUUGUUUAACCUGUUUGGGUUCUUGGUUUGUGUUGGUUCUACUGCUGGUCGUGCUUUAAAGUCUGUAGUUCAAGGGAUCUUGUUAACUAGUGAAGCUGAGAAGCUACAUUCCAUGAACUUGCUGCUGUAUAUGGCUCCUAUGGCAGCAAUGAUUUUGUUACCGUUUACUCUAUAUAUUGAAGGAAAUGUUGCAAGAAUCACACUUGAGAAAGCCAAGACUGAUUCUUUCAUUGUUUUCUUGUUGGUUGGGAAUGCUACGGUGGCUUAUUUGGUGAACUUAACAAAUUUUUUGGUUACCAAACAUACGAGUGCCCUUACUUUGCAGGUUUUGGGCAAUGCCAAAGCCGCGUUAGCAGCGUUCGUGUCGGUUAUGAUCUUCAAGAAUCCGGUGACCGUGAUGGGGAUGGCUGGAUUCGCUGUUACAAUAAUGGGAGUUGUGCUUUACAGCGAAGCAAAGAAAAGAUCUAAGGUCACUACACACUGACAAUAAGGUCACAAACAUGGGUGCGACUCCUUUUUUAUUCUUCAUUAUAAUUUCUUGCUUUUGAUUAGAUUUAAUGGAAGGAAAAAAUGAAAUUUGUGAUUGGAAUUGUAUAGGAAGAAUUGAGAAAAAAAAAGGGAAAAAAGGGUUAGAUGCUCUUUUUUUUCUUUUGUUAUUGGGGGUGGUUUAAGAGAAUAAAAUUCUCUUUUUCACUUUUUCCCCUGUUUGUAAUCUUAUAGUAUGCUUUUGCUACAUUGAUAUGGACAGAUAAAAUUAAAAAAAAAAAAAAACCUCUAUUCAAACA